ACAGAGGAGCAGCUGGCACACCAGGAGCCCUCCAACCUUGAUCCAAGCAUGCAGGCUCCACCCUGCAGCCUCCCCGCUGGGCUCAGCCUGGACGACUUCAUCCCUGGCAAUCUCCGGGCUCACAUAGGGUCAUCCUCCCAGGGGGCACGGGUGCCUGUGAUCCGGAAUGGUGGCUCCAACACCCUUAAUUUCCAGUUUCAUGACCCUGCGCCCAGGACCGUGUGCAAUGGGUACUUACCCUCCAGGAGAGAUGCUUCCCGGCACCCAGACCCUGCCUGGUAUCAGACCUGGCCAGGUCCUGGGAGCCAGCCCCCUGGGAGCCAGAAGACCCCUGCCUCCCAGCACCCCCACAACUGGUCAGCCACAUGGACCAAGGACAACAAGCGUCGGGACAAGCGCUGGAUCAAGUAUGAAGGAAUCGGGCCCGUGGAUGAGAGCGGCAUGCCUAUUGCCCCCCGAUCUAGUGUUGACAGCCCCAGGGACUGGUACCGAAGAAUGUUCCAGCAGAUUCACCGGAAAAUGCCAGACCUGCAGCUGGACUGGACCUUUGAGGAAUCACCCAAAGUGGCUUCCUCCUGUGCGGCCUCUGCAGACUCAAGGCAUCCAACGCCCCAGCAAAGACCGGCUGCCAGGCCAGGCCAGGCCUCUUCUCUGAGUGGAAGUUGGGACCCCUCUGAAGAGUCUUCUAGAAGCACCUUCAACUGUAAUCCUGGAGCAUCCUCCCUACACCAGACCCCACAUCAGGUGCUCAGACGCCAAGAGAAAGUGGAAAAUGUCUGGACAGAAGAUUCUUGGAACCAAUUUCUGCAAGAACUAGAGAGUGGGCAGAAGCCCAAGAAACCGCUAGUGGAUGACCCUGUUGAGAAGCCCUCCCAGCCCAUUGAGGUCCUGCUGGAGAGAGAGCUGGCCAAGCUGAGUGCGGAGCUGGACAAGGACCUGCGGUCAAUUGAGACCCGGCAGCCAUCCCCCAAGAGUUCCCAAGUGCCCCGACGGUGCCGGGAGCCGCGGCCUCCAGCGCGCCCGGCCUCCGCCUGGAGCUCCAGUUACCCGAAUGCACUUUACCAGGGUUCCUCCCGGCCCCUGAGCCCCCACAGAAUGGCGGAUGGAACAAGCCCCUUCCUAGGUCGCAGGGACUUUGUCUACCCUACCUCGGCCCGAGACCCUAGUGCCUCUGAACGAGGGGGCAGCCCAGCCAGGAAGGAAGAGAAGAAGAGGAAGGCCGCCAGACUCAAGUUUGACUUCCAGGCACAGUCCCCCAAGGAGCUGACUCUGAAGAAGGGUGACAUUGUCUACAUCCACAAGGAGGUGGACAAGAACUGGCUGGAAGGGGAGCACCAUGGUAGACUGGGCAUCUUCCCUGCCAAUUAUGUGGAAGUGCUGCCUGCAGAUGAGAUCCCUAAGCCCAUCAAGCCUCCAACCUACCAGGUGCUGGAAUAUGGAGAAGCAGUGGCCCAGUACACUUUCAAGGGGGAUCUGGAGGUGGAGCUGUCCUUCCGCAAGGGGGAGCGCAUCUGCCUGAUCCGCAAGGUGAAUGAGAACUGGUACGAGGGGCGCAUCUCCGGCACAGCGCGCCAGGGCAUCUUCCCUGCCAGCUACGUGCAGGUGUGCCGUGAUCCCCGGGUCCGGAUCUGUGACGAUGGCCCCCAGCUCCCUGCAUCUCCCCGUCUGACCACCGCCCGUCUGGCUCGGCACUCCAGCUCCCCAUUAGCACCACACAGCCCAGUCGAUCCUGACUGGGGGAGCCAGACCUCCCCCCGCCGUACUGGCUUCUCCUUCCCCACCCAGGAGCCCAGAGCCCAGGGCCAGGGUUUCGGCACCUCUGGGUCAGCUCUGUCCCAUCCUGGAGGCUCCAGCCGUCCCGUGGACCUGGGGACCUCCCCCAACACCACUCAGAUACACUGGACCCCGUAUCGGGCGAUGUACCAGUACCGGCCCCAGAAUGAGGAUGAGCUGGAGCUGCGGGAGGGGGAUCGGGUAGACGUCAUGCAGCAGUGUGAUGAUGGCUGGUUUGUGGGUGUCUCCCGGAGGACCCAGAAAUUUGGGACAUUCCCUGGAAAUUAUGUAGCUCCGGUUUGA